AUGUCUUCCAUCGACACAAUGAUUCCAAACAGUAUGCAAGCAGCCCUGGUUAAGGAGUUUAACAGACCGUGGUCGGUUGAAAGAGUUACGGCGCCAACUACCGCGUCCCUGGACGGCCACGACAUCCUCAUCAAGGUCGCCGUCGCAUCGUUUUGUCACACUGAUAUAAUGGUGCUCAAUGGUGUUUUCCACGAGGCUCCCAGUGGCCUAGCUGGGUCUCAUGAACCAUCUGGGACCAUCGUUGCCCUUGGUUCUGAAGCAGCCAAAAGUUUCGCCGUUGGUGAUCGAAUCAUCGCCAUCGGAAUACGCGGCCCGUGCGGUAACUGCGUAGACUGCAAUGGCCCAGAGGAGUUCCGUUUGAGCUGCAAAUUUACCAAGGGCUAUGCUGGUAUUUCUGCUCCCGGUGCUUUUCAAGAGUACACCGUCUUAGACGACCGCUUUGCAGUCAAGAUACCCGAUGAACUGAGUUUCGUCAAAGCAGCCCCACUGACCUGUGCUGGCUGCACCAGCUGGCGAGCCAUCAAGAGGGCGGGUGUGAAGCCUGGUGACUGGUUGGGUAUUAUCGGAAGCGGUGGCGGUUUGGGGCAUCUCGCGAUUCAAAUUGCAGUCAAACAAGGGAUCAAUGUGAUUGGAGUUGAAGCAAGAGAUGUUGCCUUGGAGUUAACGAAAAGGGCUGGCGCAUCAGCUGUCGAUGUUAGGCGUGGGACGGAGGCGAUGGUUGAAGAGAUCCGCAAGCAUGUGGGCCCGCAUAGAGUCGAAAAGGGUAAUGACCUAUGUGACGCAUCUAUCGUGCUCAGCGAUGCCGAGUCGGCAAUCCAUACGGGAAUGGCCAUAACGAAGGGACAUGGGCUUGUGGUCGAGGUCGCUCAACCAAAAAGAGUCAGCUUCCCAUUCGAGGAGAUGAUAUUUAGAGACAUCAGGUUAAUGGGCUCAAAUCUCUCCAGUAGGUCAGAACUUGCGGAUCUUGUCAAGUUUGUGACGGAACAUGGUGUGGAAGUGGAGACGAAAGUGUUUUAUGGACUGGAUAGUCUGAACGAAGUGUAUAAAUUGUCCGAGUCCGGAUCAACAGCGGGCAAGAUCGUUGUUGUGAUUGAUAAGCAUCAGGUGUGA